GCAUCGGCAUUUGCUAUUCCCGAUCAAAACAUGCUGACUUUUAAUUUCACAUUAACUUUGCUGAGUUCUACAAGUACUUACGUGCCGUAGAUUAUUUUACAUUCAUCAAGGCAUCCACGUGCUGCAAUCUCUGUAUACCUGCUGUAGGUGGACUGUUUUGUACAAUACAUACGGUACCUGAGUACGUAGACGCGAAAACAUCGAGCCGCAAAUUGACUGCGGUGAUCAUGAUCAUGAAUGACGAAUGGGCAUGAAGUUUUUAAGUUACCGUUGCCGGUUAUUGCGGUAUCGCCUAGCAUUCGCGGAAAUGCUGUUUCAAACCGGUUUACAAUUUUAUCUUACCGUCUUUAACCAUUUUAACCACUUUUUAUUUGCGCAUGCCAUAUUUUGCUACUUGUUGAAGAGCAUGAUUAUUACGUUUCUGUUUUUCUUGCGUAAACCUGAUGGUGCUGUACGGCUUAAUAUCGGCUUUUAUAACAUUAUGGCAUCAAAGUUUUAAAUAUGACCUAUGUCGUCUCAAUGACGGUAGAAGAUCAUUUACAUUUAACGUUGAUUGUACGCCGUUUUUAAGCAGAUGAAGAUGGAUAAAGACGAUGAGAUCCACGAAGUCGCUCUAAACGACAUCAACGCCAGUUUCUCGUGCCCUUUAUGUUAUGGGUAUCUUAUAGACUGUACAGUGGCCGAACAGUGUGGGCACGCAUAUUGCCGUUCAUGUGUCUUGGCAUACAUACAGAGUGGACAGUUGGCGUGUCUACAGUGCAGUCGCGCUUUCAAUGAAAGUGAUCCCUACAAACCGUAUGAAAAACUUCGAGCCGACUAUGCCUUACAACGACUGAUAUACAAGCUUGUACCAGGCUUGAUAAACGAUGAGACGGAGCGCCGAUCGGCUUUCCUCAAAUCUGAAAAAAAAGCAAGAAGGCAAAUUAAAAGAUCUUGUGAUGAGAAAUCGGUUUUCUUCAACGACCGCUCCGUCAUUUGUAUUGAGUUAAUUCAUUUAAAGGCGGAAAGUGCAAAGAAAUCUGGCUUAAAGGAAGCGAGUAGCUUGCAAUUUCUUCGUUUAGAAAUGUCCACAAGAUUAUCGAUUCUGGAGCAGUUUAUCAAGCUUCGGAAUAACUUCAUCGGACAGAUGGAAAUUGUGUUUUCUGCCACCCAUACCUUUGCGCCUCUUUUAGCGGAUUUUUCCAUCACAGAACUGGCAUAUAUGACCAAAUGGGAUCAGAGCCGUCCCCUUCAAAUCUACUACAAGAGCCUCGAUGCACUGGCCCCGCCUGUGCCGGCAUCGAUGGAAAACACAAAGAUAAUGGAUGGAAAAAAGAACAGUAACCCUGUAGUGGAGUGUCAACCAUCUACCAGCGGCCUGUCAACCAUUCAAAAACCGGAAAGACAGCCAUCGGUGGAAAUUAGUCCACCACCGGAACCGGUUCGCCGGCAGACGGAACCUAAAGCCGGUGCUAAGCUAAAACUAAAAUUCAAUCGUAAUGUGAAGAGUGGACACUGGAGAGUGGAAAAUACUCAGCAGCGGAAUAACAAUGCAGCCGGCAUUUCCAGUAAGCAGCCGAUGAAAGUGACUGGCUUGCGGAAUAAGCGCUGUUUAUCGGUGCCAGACGAGACGUGCUCGGCAAUGGCGGAUAGUUUUUAUGAUAUUAUGGAUGAUCCCAACGGCCAGUCGAGCGACUGCCGGAAGCGGGUGUUUGUUGACUUACGUGAUAUGGUUAAAUCAUCGAAAAUCGCAAAAGUCCUGCCUCUGCCUACACUUCCUGCCGUGCCCGCAGAUAAACAACGGGAUGAAGGGAAUCUCAUUAAAGAUAGCCAAUCGGCCUUUCUGUAUAAUACCGGGCUGGUUCCGGCUAGUCCCUCUGAUACCGGUCGGGACAUAUUUAGCAUUCAGCAGAUUUUGAACAGUGAAUCAUAAAUUGUGUGUGUUUGCUUUAUGCCGUACAAGUACUCAUAAUUUUUAUACUGUUGCAGCUGUAAAUACAAUUGUCAGUGUGGAUGUAUUUAUCGUAAAGGUAUCUGCACUUGUGAUGUUGAAAUGAGGUGUAACAGCUAAUAGUAAGCUAUGCAUGGAUCGUCUGUAUUUCUAAACGAAUCCUUCCCGUGUUCAGUAUUUUCCUCUGAAUAGGAUGUGGCACUUCGGACUUGUGUGCUGUUUUUUUACACUCAUGAUUUACGGAAGGAAGAGUGUUGUGAUGCAACACAGAACAAUACAC